AUGGUGAUGCUCCGACUGACUGCCGAGCAGUACAAGAAAUUGCCGAUCCUGGCUGACGAGUCGACGUGUUGUGGUAAAACAUAUAUAGUCACAGGCGGUAACUCUGGCUUAGGUCUGGAGACUGCACGGCAUCUUGUUGGGUUUUCGGCCGUGUGCGUUGUUCUGGCUGUGAGGAAUCUAGCGGCAGGAGAAGAAGCCAAAACAGACAUCGAAAGGUCUACAGGACGUAAAGGAAUUGUACAGGUCUGGCACCUGGACAUGGCAUCAUAUACGUCAGUUCAGUGCUUUGUCAAGAAAGUUUCGACAGAGUUGGACAGGAUUGACGGUGUCGUGGCCAACGCCGGCGUCCUGAUGGAUACAUGGUCAACUACCGAAGGAUUGGAGACCAGCAUCCUUGUUAAUGUUGUUAAUACAUUGUUUCUAGGGGUUUUGUUGAUGCCCAAAUUGAGCGACAGUGGACGCAAAAAUGAAAUAUUACCGACCAUCGUCUUUGUCGUUAGUGUCUUGGGAUAUACUGCUAAGGAAGAGAUGGAUAAAAGUCGCAAAGGCGGGAUAUUUAACGGGCUUAACGACGAGAAGAGGGCUAAUAUGGACCAAAGAUAUGCUCUGACGAAGCUGGUCGAAGAAUGUGCCAUACGUCAGUUUGCAGCCUUAUGCCCUAUGGAGCGUACAGGUGUGAUUGUAAACAUGGUCGCUCCUGGUCUAUGCACGACUGGCCUGGGCCGAGAAUCGAAGACUUUGACCAAAAUCAUGCUUGCGACCCUGCGAACAAUGAUGGCACGGACAGCAGAAGUUGGAAGUCGCACGAUAUUGCAUGGUUUGGUGGCGGGCGAGGAAAGUCACGGAAAAUUACUAUCUGGUUGCAAGAUCAAGGAGUAUUGGGUGCCUGAUUGGGUCAGUAAUGCAGAAGGCCAACAUUUACAGAUCGAUAUCUGGAGAGAGCUCUCAGCCAGGUUAGAAGAGGUACAGCCCAAAUGUGUUUCACUGCUCCCAUAG